UCUUUCAGUUUUAUAUUGAAUUUAGUUAAUAUAGUUUAUAUUGACGUAAUUUAUGUUUUAAAAAAUAAUUUCUCUUAAAAAUGAUGUUGAUUUUUUAGUCAACUUUUAUUUGUUUUAAUUCUUAUUUUUUUACACUUUUAAAAAGUUUUUGUUUCAGUUUUAAAUUGAAUUUAGUUCAUAUAGUUUAUGUUUACAUAAUUUAUGUUUUAAAAAAUAAUUUCUCUUAAAAAAAGUUAAACUAAGAAGAACCUAAUUAAACUGAUCCAAAAAAAACUCAACCGAACCGAAAACAAACCGAACUGAAUAUAAAUUGAACUGAACACAAACCGAACCAAACCAAACUAACUAUGGUUUAUUUCAGUUGGAAAAAUACUAGAACCAAACUAACCAAACCGAACCGAGAAAAUAACGGAAGUGUCCACCCCUAAUAAAUACUCUCUGAAAGAAAAUAGGCCCCAUCCGAACAUUUCGAACCAAAACACACACAAAGAGGAAGGACUUUUCCUGUCAAUUAAAACAAAACUUCUUUCUUACUCCCAAAACAAAUUACUUUUGUUUUUACUAGUAAAACGAAAGAGAAAAGAAAAAUCACCCUUAGAUUAAUUUUCUGUAAUAUUUCCAUCAAUUUAUUUUCAAUGUGAAUGUCUAAUUUUAUCCAGUGAUCAACUUUUGCCGGUUGUUUUCUAAAAAACUUCUCAGUUUGCUAUUUGCCACCAAAUAGAUACAAACUUAUUUAUUACAUUAUCUAUAACUUUAAAUAAUUAAUUACUAAAUGAUUAAUUAUUUUUGGAAAAAAUUAGACUUGUUCUUUCUUAUAAAAUUACACAUACAUUUCCCUUCAACUAGUGUAAAAGUGUAAACACGAGACCUCUUUCUCAACGCGUGCUUCAAUGAAAAAUUCACCAAGAUACAAAGAUAACGCACAGAGCUCGCUUCCUUCACCAAGCAGCAUCAGCAGUCCGACCCGACACGUUACCUCCAUGUCUGAACGAACUACCUUCUUCCAAACCGAUGCUUCCUCCUUCAAGCAAGUCGUCCAGAUGCUCACCGGAUCCUCCAAGAAGCCUAACCCGACCCACAAACCCGAACAGAGGUACUCAAUUCCUCUAGUCAAAGCUGUUCCCAACAAGAAGCAAUCUUCUUCCUCCCUAGGUUUUCGACUCUACGAACGCCGCAACUCGAAGAAGCAUCUCAAGAUCCAUCCAGUACAUUCAGGAUUACCCGAGAAACUUUCCCCCAGCAUCCUGGACUUUCCUUCUCUGGUUCUCAGCCCUGACACUCCUCUCAUGCCCGUACCGUUUAUUCAAACCGGGUCUUUGAACAAGAGCCCGAGCUCCGACGCUGAAGAGAGAGCAAUGAAAGAGAAAGGGUUUUAUUUUCACCCGUCACCGUCGACGACUCCGAGGGUUUUAGAGCCCCGACUUCUCCCUCUCUUUCCGUUGACUUCUCCUAGGGUUUCAGAUUCUGUCGCGGCCUCUACUACCCCAUGAAACUUAAUAUUUUAGAUAAUGAAUUAGUUAAAAUGUGUUUGUGAGACUAAUAAUAAAUUUUUGGUUAACACAAUCAAAUAUGCAGCGCGUCCUUGUUCCCUAUAUCUUCUAUCUGAUCAGCUUUAGCUCAACUGGUAAAAAAAAACUUGUUUGUUAUUCAUGUCAUGCCCUCAUCAAAAAGUUUUAAAUUGACAAAGGUGCGGUGGUGAGACUUUUGUGCAAAAACAAGAAGAACGCAACAUCGGAGGCAACUACGGACAAGAACGGAUAUUUCCUGCUAUAUGCCCCUAAAACGGUAUCCAACUACGCCAUCAGAAAUUGCCGAGCUUACCUAGUGAAGUCUCCGGACGCUAAAUGCAGCAAAGUGUCGAAGCUCCACGGUGGAUACUUGGGCUCCUUUCUAAAACCAGUGGUGAAACCUGAAAAUGCAACGAUCAUCUUCAAUAAGCUCAAGUACAGUCUUUUCAACGUUGGUCCAUUCGCAUUCGAGCCUGUCUGCCCCAAAUGAGUUGGUUUUAUUUAAUAAAUAGCUAGUGAAACUUUGGUUAUGAGUAUUGAACACAGUUUAGCAAUGAUUGUGUUGAAUGUAUCUGCUAUCAGCUUGGGUUUCUUUAUAUGGGCAUUUUGUUUUAAUGUAUUUCUAAUUUAUUGAAUAAAAACGGUAACGUUUACAUAUUAA